GAAGAGGAGCAGGAAGAAUUCUUGGAAGUGAACGAAAUUGACGAAGAAGUCGCUGAUGAAGACCAAAGCGCUCCUCCUCCAGAAGAAGAUGACGACGAUGGAGAGGAUGUCAAUAUGGAGGACGAUGAUGUCUUGGAAAUUGACAUCUCGAACAACUCCUGGACCUAUUUCGAUAGGCAUACCGAUUCCAUUUUUACCAUAUUCAAACACCCUACUUUACCUAUGGUAGUCACUGGAGGAGGUGACAACACUGCAUACUUGUGGACGACCCACACCCAGCCUCCCAGAUUUGUAGGAGAAUUAGCUGGGCAUAAGGAAUCAGUCAUUGCUGGAGGCUUCACAGCCAAAGGAGAGUUCGUCAUAACUGCUGACAUGAACGGGUACAUUCAAGUUCACAAAGCUACCAAGGGAGGAGAAAAGUGGGUCAAAUUUGGCGACUUGGAGGAAGUGGAAGAAGUUUUGUUUGUUACUGUUCAUCCUUCGUUGCCAUACUUUGCUUUUGGAGCCAAUGAUGGGUCCGUAUGGGUGUACCAGAUCGACAAGGACUCCAAGUCGUUGGUGCAAAUCAUGUCUGGAUUCUCCCAUUCCUUGGAAUGUAACGGUGGUGUCUUCAUAGAAGGAAAGGAUGAAAAUGAACUCACUUUGGUCACCAUUUCUGAAGACGGCACUGUCGCCAAUUGGAACUGCUUCACUGGUGUGGUGAACUAUAAACUCACUCCAGAAGACUUCAAGAAUAUCGAGAGCCCAUGGGUCACAAUCAAAGUGUUAAAGAAUGUCCUUGCUGUUGGCGCUCGUGACGGCCAAUUGUCCAUCAUAAAUAACGAUUCAGGUAAGGUUGUACACAGUUUCAAGACGUUGGAAGACGUUGACGAUAUCGCUGAAUUGUCCAUCGAGGCUAUAAGUUGGAGUGGAUCUGCUAACUUGUUGGCUGUGGGGUUGGUAUCUGGAGAUGUUCUCUUGUUUGAAUCUCAACAAUGGAGAUUGCGUAGAACCAUCAAGGUCGACGAUGCCAUCACCAAGUUGGAGUUUGUCGAAGAUAGUCCAAUCUUGAUUGGUUCCAGCAUGAACGGUAAGAUCUACAAAUGGGAUGCCAGAACUGGUGCCGAGUUGUUUGCUGGUGUUGGUCAUAACAUGGGUGUCUUGGAUUUCACCGUUUUUGAGCAUGGUUCCAAGUUAGUUACUGCUGGAGACGAAGGUGUUUCAUUGAUCUUCAAGACUGAUUAGGAGCGGUGAGCUAAAAUAUAGUCGUCCUUUCGCGACCAUUUGUAUAAUAUUCAUUAAUAAUAUAAAAGGGGUG